AUGCGCUCAGUCAAACACUCGAUCAGCCUCUUGAAGGCGAUGCUAUUGCGGAUCCCCAUGAUCCUCAAGACGAUCUUCUUGCAUGGCAUCGGCAUGUCCCCCGCGUCAGGGAAACAGGACCUGCGCACCGAAUUGACGGUCGCGGUCAUUCGCUCCUUCGUUACAUUUGAGCUGCCGCUCGAAAAGACCCAGAAGAACAGCAUGCGCGACCCCGGCAUCAAGGGGCCCAUGUGGGUGUCCAAGGUGACGCUGUCGCAACCCGAGGUCGACGUGCGUGAGGCCGUCCUGCGCGCCAUCGACGAUCUCAAAGUUGGCGGCGAGACCUACGAUAUCCCCGAUAUCGCGGUCGUCGAGGCUGAAUGGACGGGCCACCGCCGUGGCGUGGGCAAGCGCAAGCCGCAGCCGGAUCUAACAGAGGAAGAGAAAUACCGCCGGCUGCGUAGUGAAGCGCCGUCUGAUAUGACGGUCCUCUAUUUCCAUGGCGGUGCAUACUUUGUCAUGGACCCAUGCACGCAUCGCGUCCCUGUCGCACACCUCUCGCGCUUGACCGGCGCGCCUGUCCUCUCGGUUCGGUACCGUCUAGCACCACAGAACCCAUUCCCGGCGGCGCUGGUCGACGCCCUGACAGCCUAUCUCUCGCUAAUUCACCCGCCGCCGGGCGCGCUACACAAGCCCGUGCCAGCCAACAAGAUCGUCAUAGCCGGCGACUCGGCGGGCGGGAACCUCUCGCUCGUACUAUUACAGACGCUGCUGACCCUGCGGCGCAGCUCACGAACCAUCCGAUUCCACGGCACCGACGUACCAGUCGAGCUGCCAGCCGGCGUAGCCGGUAUUUCACCGUGGUGCGACCAGACACACUCGCUGCCAUCAAUAGUCCGCAACGCACACCUCGACUACAUGGACCUGUCGACCCAGGCCAGCACCGACGAAGAUAACGCGACAACAAUGCCAGUGCCGUCGCUCCCCUUCCCGCCCGACGGCAUCUGGCCAGUCUCGCCGCCGCGCGUGGGCAUGUACACGCACGCCGUCACAGCCCUGCACCCACUCGCCUCGCCGUUAGCCGCGCCCGCCGACCUCUGGAAAGAUGCGCCGCCGGUCUUCAUCUCGACCGGCGAGGAGGGCCUCGCGGACGAGGGCGCCGCGCUGGCGCGGCGCAUGCACCAGGCCGGGGUGCCCGUCGUCGCCGAGCAGUUCGAGGGCAUGCCGCACUGCCACGGGCUGCUCAUGAUCGCUACGCCCGCCGGCCGCCGCUUCUUUCAGGGCCUCGCGGGGUUCUGUCGCGAUGCGGUUGCCGCUCGCGUCUCGGCUUCGGGUUGCUUGACGUUUGUGGAAUUCAAGUUGCGGACUGAGCGGGAGAUUCCUUUGGAUAAGGCGUGCGAGGUCGCAGAUGAGGAGAUUGAUGCUCGUAUGCAGCGACAGGCUGCUUGGCGCUCUGAGGGCGAGAUGCUCUUGCAGAAGGAGUGGUGGGAGAGGGCGCGACUGUGA